AUGCAAGUUCAGAUGCCCCGUGAACUCGAAGAAUUCAUACCUGAAGUGGACGAAUUUUAUAAGAAACAACACUCCGGGAGAAAAUUACAGUGGCUGCAUCAUUGGUCACAUGGAACUGUUAAAAAUAUAGAGAGUGAGAGUUGGUUAGUGGCGGAAACGUGUGCAGCCCGGUUAGCUCAGUCGGUAGAGCACCAGACUCUUAAUCUGGCUGUCGCG